AUGCCUCUUCAACUGCGCCGUGCUGUCCCAGAGGACAUCCCUGAGAUGUGCCAGAUCCAAUACUCAGCCUUUGGUGACACCUUUGUCGGGAGCCGUAUCUGGACAGCCAACAUUGAAGCCUCGAAUCGCUUCUUGCAAAAGAGCUUUACGGAUGAUAUGGCAGACCCCUUGUGUGAAUUACUCGUCGUCACGCACAAGACAUCCCCAGACUCAAAGGACGAAGAGGUAGUCUCACUAGCAAAAUGGAGUCUUCCCGGCGCCCCAAUCCAAGAUCCUCCACCAGCCGAAGCAUGGCCAGCAAACGGUGAGCUCGCCGUUGAGUUCUUCGGCGCCAUGGCAAGAGGCCACCGCAAGCUCAUGGGCGAUAGACCUCAUUAUUACCUCGAAGUCAUCUGCACCCACGAAACCUGGCAACGCAAAGGAGCAGGCAGUUUACUUCUCCGCUGGGGCAUCGAGCGUGCAGACACAGAUGGUCUCCCAUGCUUUCUUGAAGCUACACCCAAGGGAAAGCCAGUGUACGAGAAGCUCGGAUUCAAGGUAAAAGCUGAGGAUGAGUUUAAGUGGUUGUGCGGAACGUUUGUGGAGACGUACAUGGAGCGUGAUGCAAAGAUCGAGGAGCGGACAAUGACGCGGCCGGGAUCCAAGGAAUUUGCGUAG